UUGCUCCUGAAGCCUUCUCACCUACCCUGCAGGUAAGUGCUCUAAAAAUCAAACAAUUAACGUAAGCAAAGAUCAAACUGCUUUAGUUAGUUAUUAGUAUCCCAAAGUCCUGUGAUACACCCUAUCACACUGGGCUGGAGCCUAUUACACAAACCCCGGACACUUUCUUACAGUAGUCUAACACAGGGCCCAGUCACACAUAACAACACUGUGCUAAUUUGGUGUUUAUAGUAUUUGUGUUGUGCGAGCUUAAAGCCCAUUUUGGCAGAGCUGGGUUUAUUAUGCUUAGCUCCAACUGUUUUCUAUAUAAUUGCUACGCUCACAUCACAAAAAAGCCACAUUUGUCUGCAUGUUUUUUCUUUAUCUUUCUAGGCUCAUCGAUUUAAGGGCAUCUCUCAAUUCCUUCCCAUAGCUGGUACAAUACCAGCCCCUCCACCAUCUCCAGAAAAUGUCCAUAGACAAGAGAACAAAGCUCUGGACAAAAUGUUUCCCCCCAGGUAGUUGUGAGAGCUGUGAUCAUAAUAGCCAUAACACUGAAUUUCUAUUCUUCACUUCCCGGAAACUGCCUUAUAGCCAUGUGUGCACUGAUUUUUUCAUUUGAUUUCAGAGAAUGGAUGGAGAACAAUAAGCAGUGGGUACAGUAUGUCUCAGCAUCUCCUAGCGGCCGCCUGGAUGUCAUCCACCUACUGGAAGAUCUCCAAUUGAAACUGGUGGAGAGAAAUGCUCAUGAGCUCGGUCUCUGUCCUGUCAGACAGGAACUCUACAAGGACUGCUUUGAUGAAAUUAUCCGACAGGUCACAGUAGGCUGUGCUGAGAGAGGACAGCUUUUGAUGAGAGUGAGGGAGGAGUGUGAAAAGAUUAUCGCAACAUACCAGACGCUGUACGAAAGCAGCAUGGCAUACUGCAUGAGAAAAGCCCUGCAAGCUGAGCAGGACAGAAUUGACUUGGCCAAGAAGAUUUCUGAACUGGAAUCUGACAAGAGGGAUCUUGAGAGACUGUUGAAUGAGCAGAGAGCAGCUUUUGAAGCCCUUGAAAAGUCGGAGACUGACCGACGCCACACAGAUGAAAAGAAGCACAGUGAAGAAAUUGACUUUUUCAAACAAACUAUCAAGCAGCUCAAGGGACAGCUGGAAGGUUUUUCUGGUCCCAAGAAGACAAAAUGAUAUCUAUCAAGACUUAGGACUUCUUGCAAAUGGAACAUUAUAUUUUAUAAAUUAACAUAUUGCCAAAUCCCAAACACAAACCACAUACCCAUCCACUUUACAAGACUAUGGUAGAUAGUUGUUCCAAAAUAUUCCUCACUAUACAUCAUAAUUGCUAAUACAUUCUAGUAAAAUGGAAAAUAAAUAAGCAGUAAUCCUGAAAAUAAAGAAUAUGUUGCUAAACAAUUGCAGUGAGACCUUGCUCUAAUUUAAUCUCUUUAUAACAAAAUCAAAAAGUGAAACAGGGUGAAAAAAAAGUGAACAAACAAAUGUUUCAGACUAUGUUAGAAGGGAAGAAAAAUUGCCUGCCUUAUGCCCAUCAUUACCAGGAUUUAGCAUUUCACC